GGCCGGUCACGUGCCAGGCCCCCCACCGCUAGCUUCCGGAGACUUUCGGGGCUUAGCGGGUGCGGUCCUGCGGCUCCCUGAGCCCACCGAACUGCACAGCCAGGAUGAUGAACGGGACCGCCCCCGACCAGGAGCGGCCUCCGGUGUCCGAGCCCGUGUGGGAGCGGCCCUGGUCGGUGGAGGAGAUCCGCAGGAGCAGCCAGAGCUGGUCGCUGGCAGCCGACGCCGGCUUACUACAGUUUCUACAGGAAUUCUCACAACAGACUAUCUCUAGGACCCAUGAAAUCAAGAAACAAGUGGAUGGACUAAUUCGGGAAACUAAAGCCACAGAUUGUCGACUACAUAAUGUCUUCAAUGACUUCCUUAUGCUGUCUAAUACCCAGUUCAUUGAGAACCGUGUAUAUGAUGAAGAAGUGGAGGAGCCGGUGCUCAAGCCUGAGGCAGAAAAACCAGAACAGGAGAAGACCCGGGAACAGAAAGAAGUAGAUCUGAUUCCUAAAGUCCAGGAGGCUGUGAACUACGGUUUACAAGUGUUGGACAGUGCAUUUGAGCAACUAGAUAUAAAAGCAGGAAACUCAGACUCUGAAGAAGAUGAUGCUAAUGAGCGGGUGGAAUUGAUCCUUGAGCCAAAGGAUCUAUACAUUGACCGUCCUUUACCUUAUUUAAUUGGGUCAAAGCUGUUCAUGGAGCAGGAAGAUGUAGGUCUUGGAGAGCUAUCUAGUGAAGAAGGUUCAGUAGGCAGCGAUCGUGGUAGUAUUGCGGACAGUGAAGAAGAGAAUGAAGAAGAGGAGUCAGAUGAAGAUUUUGCCAAUCAUAGUGACAAUGAUCAAAACCGGCACACUGCACAAAUGAGUGAUGAAGAAGAGGAUGAUGAUGGUUGUGACAUUUUCGCUGACUCUGAGAAGGAGGAGGAAGAUACUGAGGACACUGAAGAAAAUUCCAGACAUAAAAAAAGUAGACCCACGUCAUUUGCCGAUGAGCUGGCAGCUCGGAUCAAAGGGGAUGCUGCAAGCCGGGUGGAAGAGGAGCAAACAAGCUUAUCCCCAGGGGAAACAAAACCUCGGAAGACAUUGAAAGAGAAGAAGGAAAGGAAAACUCCCUCAGAUGAUGAAGAAGAUAACUUAUUCGCACCCCCCAAGCUGACAGAUGAAGACUUCUCACCAUUUGGCUCUAGAGGUGGCCUGUUCAGCGGAGGGAAGGGACUUUUUGAUGAUGAGGAUGAGGAGCAGAGUGACCUCUUCAUGGAUGCCCCUCAGGAUCGGGGAGCUCGAGCCUCUGUUAAAGAAGCGUCUUCAUCCUCCAAACCUGGAAAGAAAAUCCCAGCAGGAGCUGUUUCUGUAUUUUUAGGGGACACUGAUGUGUUUGGUGCCACCUGUGCUCCGUCACUGAAGGAGGCCCAGAAGCCCGAGCAGCCCACUCCAGGGAAAAGCUCGUACCUCCCAGCGCCUGCUGGCCUCUUUGAUGAUGACGACGAUGAUGAUGACUUUUUUGCAGCAUCCCGUAGCAAACCUCCCAAGACAGACAAAGUCAAAUCCACUGCCAGUAUCUUUGACGAUGAGGAAGGAGAUCUGUUCAAAGAAAAAGCGGCAGCUUUGCCAGAGGCUACUGUAACUCAGACAGAUGAAAAUAAAGAAAAAGCAGAAAAAAAGGUUACCCUCCCUUCCAGCAAAAAUCUCAAGCCGUUGUCAGAAACAAAAACUCACAAAGGUUUAUUUUCAGAUGAGGAUGACUCUGAGGAUUUGUUUUCUUCUCAAAGUGUGAGUAAGUCGAAAGAUGCAUCUCUCCUGCCUAGCAAACUCCCCACCUCGGUCUCGCUUUUCGAUGAUGAAGAUGAAGAGGAUAAUCUUUUUGGGGCUACAGCUGCUAAGAAGCAGUCAUCAUCUCUACUAACUCAGAGCCAAGAGAAAACAAAGCCCUCUGAGCUUUCCAAAAAGAAAGCAUCUGCCUUAUUGUUCAGCAGUGAUGAGGAGGACCAGUGGAAUAUUACUGACUCACAGACCAACUCGGCAUCUGACAAGUCUAAAGGAGAACUUAGGGACUCUGGGACCACCCAAGACCAGGAGAUUAAGGCCGUGAAAAAGGCCGGCCUCUUUGAGGAGGACAAUGAGGAUGAUCUGUUUGCUAUUGCUAAGGACAGCCAAAAGAAGACCCAGAGAGCAUCUCUCCUGUUUGAAGAUGAUUGUGACAGUGGAAGCUCUCUGUUUGGCUCUCCUCCCGCAUCUGCUCCUCCUGCAACAACGAAAAAAGAGACUGUCCCUGACGUACCACCUCUGCUGUUCAGUGAUGAAGAAGAGAAGGAGGCACGGUUGGGAGUGAAACCGGUGGCUAAGAAGGCUGAGAGCGCCAAAGAGUCGUCGGAAUUUGGGAGAACUAGUGUGGCUGAGGAGUCAGGAAAGGAAGGAUCUCUGAAUGUAUCUACUCAGGAAGCAGCCAAGCAUUCUGAUUUAUUUUCUGCAUCAUCCCCAUUGGACAGAGGAGCUAAAACUAGAACCAAAACUGUUCUUAGCUUAUUUGAUGAGGAAGAGGAUAAAACAGAAGAUCAAAACAGCUUCCAAGCUCCGAAGGAAGAAGUAGGAAAGAGUCCUGAUCCUAAUGCCUGCCCCAAGAGCACAGGUGUCUUUCAGGAUGAAGAGCUCCUUUUUAGUCACAAGCUUCAGAAGGACAAUGACCCAGACGUUGACCUUUUCUCCGGCACCAAAAAAACCAGGUUGUUAGAGCCAAGUGUUGGGAGCCUGUUUGGGGAUGAUGAAGAUGAUGAUCUUUUCAGCUCUGCCAAGUCGCAUCCUUUGAUCCCAGAAAAGAAGGUAGUGAAAAAAGACCACUCUGUUUCCUCUUUCAAGAACCAGAAACAUCCUGAAUCCACUCCAGGUAUCAAAGAAAAAGGCAUAUGGAAAUCGGAAACACCUCAGGACUCACCAGGUCCCGCUCCAUUUAAAACCAAAGAGCCAUCCCCUUGGAUCUGGAAAAUUCAAGCAAAUUUAGCCAUUAACCCAGCAGCCUUGCUGCCUACAGCGGCUCCCCAGAUCUCUGGAAUGAAGUCUGUUUUGCCAGAAUUGGGCGUUCCUUCGUCUGAACCUGGGAGAAUCCACAGUCUGGAAAGUAUGCCCACUCUUCCCGGGAGUGGGGAGGCCGGCGUGAGUUUUGACCUUCCAGCUCAGGCAGACACCUUACACAGUGUGAACAAGAGCCGGGUCAAAGUGAGAGGGAAGCGCAGACCACAGACACGCGCAGCUCGGCGGUUGGCUGCCCAGGAGUCCAGUGAGGCUGAGGACAUGAGUAUCCCCAGGGGAUUUGUUGCACAAUUGGCAGAUGGCGUCAUUUCACCAGAUGGUCAUCAGCCACAGCCCAGGGCAGCUGGUGGAGAAGACAGCUCUGAGGAGGCCGUGGCAGCUGCCAUUCCAACUUGGGCAGGUGGUCCUGUGCUUGGGACAGACAGAAACCCCUUUGUGAAAUCUCUGGGUCAACCUCUUGAGGAUGACCUUUUUGAUUCUGCAGAUAUCUUUUCCAAGGGCAUUGCAUCUCAGUCCACGGGGAGAAGAAAAGCCAAGGUGAAGGCAGCAGACAGCCUGGCCAACCCGGCAGGGGGAAGUAAAGAAAAAAGCCCCAUGUUUCCUGCUCUCAGUGAGGCAGUCAGUGAUGAUGAUCUCUUUCAGUCUGUUAAACCAAAACCAGCAAAGAAAACAAAUCCUUUCCCUCUCCUGGAAGAUGAGGACGAUCUCUUUACAGACCAGAAAGGCAAGAAGAAUGAGUCAAAAUCCAACAGUCAGCAGGAUGUUAUCACAAAAGCACAAGAUAUUUUUGAGGAUGAUAUAUUUGCUACAGAAGCAAUGAAAGCCUCACAAAAAACAAGAGAGAAGGAAAGAACGUUUGACUCCAACUUGUUUGAUGAUAACAUUGAUAUCUUUGCUGAUCUAACUGUAAAACCAAAAGAAAAGUCCAAAAAGAAAGUGGAAGCUAAGUCUAUAUUUGACGAUGAUAUGGAUGAUAUCUUCUCCUCUGGUAUCCAGGCUAAGACAACCAAACCAAAAAGUCGAUCUUCACAGACAGUGCCUGAAUCAAGAUCUGAACAGAAGGUGUCCAACAUAUUUGAUGAUCCCUUGAACGCCUUUGGAGGCCAGUAGAGUGUACCGGGUAUCCUUCAGCUACAUCCUUGAGUUAAUGAUGCUGUCUCCUGUGCUCACUGUCUUAACUGAAUUAUAAAAAGCAUAUACUGAAACAGCUAGCUCACUUCUUACCCAACGUACUUAGUAUUUUUCUGUACUGGUUUUAAUCAUGCUUAAUACUGCCAAACAGAAAUAAAUGUUUCACUGUUUCGUUAUUGUUUUUGCUUUUUUAACCAUAUUUUGAUUAGCCUUGGUGGGGCCAUGGUUUAGGGUCAUUAGAAAAGAAACCUAUUUGUGCCUUUCAUGGGUGGGCAGGGACUCCCAGAGGUAGCAAAUGCCAGACAGAUGACCAGGAGUCUUCCCUAACUUAGAACCAAGGCACUUGAUAGAGGAAGAGGAUGAGAGAUUAUAAACUUCAUGAGUCUUUGUAAUAGGAGAGGAGGUUUUCUCUCAUUCCACUGAAUUCUGAAGAUGCCUCUAUAGGUCCACUAAAGCAAGGUUUGGCAAACUGUAGUCCUCUACUGUCUGUUUUUGUAAAUAAAGUUUUAUUGGAAAGAACCA